UUCCACAGCCUCACAAAGCAGUACCACCAGCUGAAGACCAGUCAUUUCCAACACGAGUCUGGCACACACUUCAUAUUGAAACCAUCACAGAUUGUAAUGUGCCCUGUGAGCUGUCUCAAGUACCGGGGCGAUAGUAUGGAAAUCUGUCUAUACUAAUGGAAAUGUAACUGGAAAUGAUCUGACGCUAAAACCGAGGACCAUUAGACAAGAUCACAUAGGAGGAAACCUUGCUUCCUAAUGAAGACCCCAACAUUCAGAAUUUUGGCCUAUUCAAAGGUUCCCUUUAUGGCUGUGUCAGAGAACGAAUUAACCUCCUAGAAAAAUCACUGUAUACUUCCAUAACAGAUUUAGAAAUAAACAGGUUGUUUGUGAAACUGACCUUCCGUGAGGCGAGAACAAACGGACUGGAGCCAUCUCUGGACAACAUUGUACUACUCCCUUCCCCUGAAGCUGCCCGCUGGAGCACUUGAUUUGACCAUAUCUGCUUUGAGGAUUCAUUAUGAACAAAGAAGUCUCCCAGGUGUGAAGUUUGUCAACAUGAGUGGCCUCGGGGACAGUUCAUCCGACCCUGCGAACCCAGACUCACAUAAGAGAAAAGGAUCGCCAUGUGACACACUGGCAUCAAGUACUGAGAAGAGGCGCAGGGAGCAAGAAAAUAAGUAUUUAGAAGAACUAGCCGAAUUACUGUCUGCCAACAUUAGUGACAUCGACAGCUUGAGUGUGAAGCCAGAUAAAUGCAAGAUUUUGAAGAAAACAGUAGAUCAGAUACAGCUAAUGAAGAGAAUGGAGCAAGAGAAAUCAACAACUGACGAUGAUGUGCAGAAGUCCGACAUCUCAUCAAGUAGCCAGGGGGUGAUAGAAAAGGAGUCGUUAGGACCUCUGCUUUUGGAGGCUUUAGAUGGAUUUUUCUUUGUUGUGAACUGUGAAGGAAGAAUUGUAUUUGUGUCAGAAAAUGUGACCAGCUACUUGGGGUACAAUCAGGAGGAAUUAAUGAAUACCAGCGUCUACAGCAUACUGCACGUGGGAGAUCAUGCAGAAUUUGUCAAGAACCUGCUACCAAAAUCACUAGUAAAUGGAGUCCCCUGGCCUCAAGAGGCAACACGCCGAAAUAGCCAUACAUUUAACUGCAGGAUGCUAAUUCACCCUCCAGACGAGCCAGGUACCGAGAACCAAGAAGCUUGCCAGCGCUAUGAAGUAAUGCAAUGCUUCACAGUGUCACAGCCAAAAUCAAUCCAAGAAGAUGGUGAAGAUUUCCAGUCAUGUUUGAUUUGUAUUGCUCGGCGAUUACCUCGACCUCCAGCUAUUACAGGUGUAGAGUCCUUUAUGACCAAGCAAGAUACUACAGGUAAAAUCAUCUCUAUUGAUACUAGUUCCCUGAGAGCUGCUGGCAGAACUGGCUGGGAAGAUUUAGUAAGGAAAUGCAUUUAUGCUUUUUUCCAACCUCAGGGCAGAGAGCCAUCUUAUGCACGACAGCUAUUUCAAGAAGUGAUGACUCGUGGCACUGCCUCCAGCCCAUCCUAUAGAUUCAUAUUGAAUGAUGGGACAAUGCUUAGCGCCCACACCAAGUGUAAACUUUGCUACCCUCAAAGUCCUGACAUGCAACCUUUCAUCAUGGGAAUUCAUAUCAUCGACAGGGAGCACAGUGGGCUUUCUCCUCAAGAUGACACUAAUUCUGGAAUGUCAAUUCCCCGAAUAAACCCCUCAGUCAAUCCUGGUAUCUCUCCAGCUCAUGGUGUGACCCGUUCAUCUACGUUGCCACCAUCCAACAACAACAUGGUCUCUGCCAGAGUAAACCGCCAACAGAGCUCAGACCUUAAUAGCGGCAGCAGUCAUAGUAAUUCUAGCAACAACCAAGGGAGUUUUGGAUGUUCACCUGGAAAUCAGAUUGUAGCCAAUGUUGCCUUAAACCAGGGACAGGCAGGUUCCCAGAGCAGUAAUCCCUCUUUGAACCUCAAUAAUUCUCCUAUGGAAGGUACAGGAAUUUCCCUCUCACAGUUCAUGUCUCCGAGGAGACAGGCUAAUUCUGGCUUGGCAACAAGGGCCAGGAUGCCAAACAAUUCAUUUCCUCCAAAUAUUCCAACAUUAAGCUCCCCAGUUGGCAUUACUAGUGGUGCCUGUAAUAAUAAUAACCGUUCCUAUUCAAAUAUCCCAGUAACAUCUUUACAAGGUAUGAACGAAGGACCCAAUAACUCUGUUGGCUUCUCUGCCGGUUCUCCAGGCCUUAGGCAGAUGAGCUCACAGAAUUCACCUAGCAGAUUAAGUAUGCAACCAGCAAAAGCUGAGUCCAAAGAUAACAAGGAGAUUGCAUCCAUUUUAAAUGAAAUGAUCCAGUCUGACAACAGUGCUAAUGAUAGCAAACCUCUGGACUCAGGACUUCUGCAUAACAGUGACAGACUCUCAGAUGGAGACAGUAAAUACUCCCAGACUAGUCACAAACUAGUACAGCUGUUGACAUCAACUGCGGAACAGCAGCUCCGGCAUGCCGAUAUAGACACGAGCUGCAAAGAUGUACUGUCUUGCACCGGCACUUCCGGCUCUGCCUCCACUAACCCUUCAGGAGGUACUUGCCCCUCUUCCCACAGUUCUCUGACUGAGCGGCAUAAAAUCCUGCACCGGCUUUUACAGGAGGGCAGCCCCUCAGACAUCACCACUUUGUCUGUGGAACCCGAGAAAAAGGACAGCGCAUCGACUUCUACUGCUGUGUCAGUGCCCGGACAAGCCCCGGGGAACGCCAGCAUAAAACUGGAACUGGAUGCUUCAAAGAAAAAGGAGUCGAAAGACCAUCAGCUCCUGCGCUACCUUCUAGACAAAGAUGAGAAAGAUCUAAGAUCAACUCCAAACCUGAGCCUGGACGAUGUGAAAGUCAAGGUGGAAAAGAAAGAGCAGAUGGACCCUUGUAACACAAACCCCACCCCGAUGACCAAACCUGCUCCCGAGGAGGUUAAACUGGAGUCCCAGAGCCAGUUUGCAGCUGACCUUGAGCAGUUUGAUCAGUUACUGCCCACACUGGAGAAGGCCACACAGUUGCCCAGCUUGUGUGAGACAGACAGGAUGGAUGGUGCGGUCACUGGUGUCAACAUCAAGUCAGAGAUGCUGCCAGCUUCCCUUCAGCCCACCACCGCCAGAUCUGCUCCCAGGCUGAACAGAUUGCCUGAACUAGAAUUAGAAGCAAUCGAUAACCAGUUUGGACAACCAGGAGCAGGCGAUCAGAUUCCAUGGGCAAAUAAUACUGUGACGACAAUAAAUCAGAAUAAACCAGAUGAUCAAUGCAUUAGCUCACAAUUAGAUGAGCUUCUCUGUCCACCAACAACAGUAGAAGGAAGAAACGAUGAGAAAGCCCUCCUGGAACAACUGGUGUCCUUCCUCAGUGGUAAAGAUGAAACGGAGCUGGCUGAGCUAGACAGAGCGCUGGGGAUCGACAAGCUUGUCCAGGGAGGUGGGUUAGAUGUAUUGUCCGAGAGAUUUCCACCACAGCAAGCAACACCACCUCUGAUGAUGGAAGAAAGACCUGCCCUCUACCCUCAGCCAUACUCAUCUCCUUCUCCUACCACCAAUCUCCCUGGCCCUUUCCAAGGCAUGGUCAGGCAGAAGCCUUCCCUGGGGACUAUGCCAGUUCAAGUAACACCUCCCCGAGGCACCUUUUCACCCAACAUGGGCAUGCAGCCCAGGCAGACUCUAAACAGACCUCCAGCUGCACCCAACCAGCUGCGGCUUCAGCUGCAGCAGCGGUUACAGGGACAGCAACAGUUGGUGCACCAGAACCGGCAAGCCAUCUUGAACCAGUUUGCAGCAACUGCUCCUGUUGGCAUGAACAUGCGGUCAGGCAUGCAGCAGCAGAUCACGCCUCAGCCACCCCUGAAUGCUCAGAUGUUGGCACAGCGUCAACGGGAAUUGUACAGUCAGCAGCAUCGACAGAGGCAGAUUAUACAGCAGCAAAGAGCCAUGCUCAUGAGGCACCAAAGUUUUGGGAACAACAUCCCUCCUUCAUCUGGACUGCCAGUUCAAAUGGGGAACCCCCGUCUUCCUCAGGGUGCUCCACAGCAGUUCCCCUACCCACCAAACUAUGGUACAAAUCCAGGUACCCCACCUGCUUCGACCAGCCCUUUUUCUCAACUGGCAGCAAAUCCUGAGGCAUCCUUGGCCACCCGCAGCGGCAUGGUGAACAGAGGCAUGGCCGGAAGCAUGGGAGGGCAGUUUGGCGCUGGCAUCAAUCCUCAGAUGCAGCAGAACGUCUUCCAGUAUCCAGGAUCAGGACUGGUUCCCCAAGGUGAGGCCAACUUUGCCCCAUCUCUAAGCCCUGGGAGCUCCAUGGUGCCGAUGCCAAUCCCUCCUCCUCAGAGCUCUCUGCUCCAACAAACGCCACCCGCCUCUGGGUACCAGUCACCAGACAUGAAGGCCUGGCAGCAGGGGACAAUGGCCAACAACAAUGUGUUCAGUCAAGCUGUCCAGAACCAGCCUGCCCCCGCACAGCCAGGAGUGUACAACAACAUGAGCAUCACCGUGUCCAUGGCAGGUGGAAAUGCAAACGUUCAGAACAUGAGUCCAAUGAUGGGCCAGAUGCAGAUGAGCUCUUUGCAGAUGCCAGGGAUGAAUACUGUGUGCUCUGAGCAGAUGAAUGAUCCAGCACUGAGACACACAGGCCUCUACUGCAACCAGCUCUCAUCCACUGACCUUCUCAAAACAGAAGCAGAUGGAAACCAGGACAAGAAGACAGAAGAGUUCUUCUCUGUGGUGGCUACAGACUAGAGGAAUGCUCUACAGGUGCAACAGGUUCAGGUGUUUGCUGACGUCCAGUGUACAGUGAAUCUGGUAGGCGGGGACCCUUACCUGAACCAGCCUGGUCCACUGGGAACUCAAAAACCCACAUCAGGACCACAGACCCCCCAGGCCCAGCAGAAGAGCCUCCUUCAGCAGCUACUGACUGAAUAACCACUUUUAAAGGAAUGUGAAGUUUAAAUAAUAGACAUGCAGAGUUAUACAAAUAUAUUAUAUAUUUUUCUGAGAUUUUUGAUAUCUCAAUCUGCAGCCAUUCUUCAGGUCGUAGCAUUUGGAGCAAAAAAAAAAAAAAAAAAAAAAAAAGUUCAUUUUUGUUGGGAGAUUGAGAGAUGGUUUUGUUUCUUUCUCUGUAAAGGCCUUGGAUAUUGAAAAGAAUAACAAGGCAGAACAGUUGGACAAUCUCAUUUCUUGAGCCAAAAGUUAAUUAUUCUUAUUUUUAUAAUCAGUCAUUGGCUUCUUUUCUGGAUGAAGGCUUUUGAAGGGAAACCAAAAUAAGAAAUUCUAAGGGAAGAUGAAGCCCUGCCUCACCGGCUGGCUCAGCCCUGCCCCUGCCCUGGAAGAAGAGCCCAUGGGGCUUUGCCUGUCUGUCCCCAGGAGGCCACCAAGUUCCUCCCACCAACAGCCACCCCUCCCCAACCCCAGGCAGCUCGUGUGCACAAUCAGCUUCUCCAAGCAACUCCGUCUGUUGGCAUCAAGAGAAUAUUUUGCUUCUACAUAUGCACCCCUUCUCCUUUUUAUAACGAUGGAUUGAAACCAAGAUGCCUCCAGGAAAGAGGAUGAAAUGAGUAUAUUCACUGAGGAAUCCAAAAAAUGCAGUUUGGGGGAAAAUGCAAUAAUUUUUUGAUGAGAUGGGUAAAGGACAAGAACCGAGUUCUAUCAAUUAUUGUAGAUAAAAUUUUCUGAUUAAGUCUACGGGGGAAAGCAGCCUGUUCUUUCUGCUUUUACUAUGUUAACAGCGAGGUAGCUAAAGUUAUUUAAAAUAAAAUUAAAUUUAUGAUCCGAGUAGCUUAUUUUUUCCUUAAAUCUCACUGUAAAUAUAUUUUGAUUUCUUGUAGAAAUUGAUUUUGUUCUGUUUAAUUUUAUGCUUUUAUCAUCCUCUUGGUUUUUCUAAAUUUGUGUGUGAAAUAUAAUGUUGAUUGAAUUGCAAUUACAUUUGGCUAGUAAUUUCAUUAUCCCAGUAACUGUGAAGCCAUGUAUGGAUUUCCUUUGGGACUCAUCAACGUGGUACUGCCAGAAAGAGCUAUUCUAGCUGAGCUAGGGCAGACCACCCCAGAGUGCCGCAGCCGCUUGUAGAGAGGGAAAUCAGUGCUCGCUCAGAGAAAAUCUGCUUUUUCUGUCUCACAAUGACUUUGGGAAUUUGAAUUUCCAUCAGUGCAAAUAUAAGUUUCUCUGUUCUGCUCCGAGGCUAAUUGGUACCAUGUGUUCCGCUUGUCUUGUUACUCUGCCACAUCCCGUCUCAUCCUGGCCCCAAGAAAGGAGCCAGUGUGAACUGACUCUAGUGCUAGAAGUCCUGCCACAGGCGGGAGAGCUUGAGCAAGGCAUUGCAAGAGAGGCCAAGGAAGCCCUCCAAUGCUAACCUUGAUCUGCAUCCCCGGGCCUGCGGACAACACUGACCUUCUGCACCAGCUCCCUCUGCUCACACAGCAGAGAAAAGGCCAUAAGAACCAAUGCAGAUGAGGAGCAUGGACUCAAGACUUCAAGGAAGAAGCCAUUUCCCCAGGUCCUUCCUUCUGCAUCUCACCACCCCUAAUGUCAAAUGACUCCAUUGAACAGCAUCUAUUCAGAAACUACAGCAUUUUGAAAACGGUGGAAGGGCUCACGUGGUAGCAGCUAUGAAACAGAAAUAGGACCCUCAGUUACAAACAUUACCUUUUUUCGUUUUUCAGAAAAUGCAUCCUUGAUCUCAGUCAUUUCCAGCUUGAAAGCCCAGCCAUAUUACUCUAGUUCCUACCAAACUGCUCUAGGAGGUCAUUUCCAUUCUGUGUGUGAUAAUAAGCGUGCAGACUUCAGGAAGUUCACCUUUCACCUCAGCAUCAUUCCAGAUGAAGGCUCCUGACUCAGUGCUUUUGCAUAAGGACCUAGAAGAGAAAAGCAGUAAGGAAAAUUGGAGAUGCCAAUGUCCGCCCCCAUCCCCACUGCACCUUAAAGUAUGCAUGUCACCUUCGAGGUUCUAUAAUUGCACUGUUUGUUUUAUGUAUGUACAGAUUAAAAUUAUUGCUACAUUUGAGGAAAAUAAAAUUGCUUGCUUCUAUGUAAUUCCUGUCAUUCCACAGGAAAUUGACUUUUCCAGCUACUGAAUAGAAUUUGUUUAACAACCUCA